UCCAAUCAACGGGGCGCGUCGCCUUUAAAGGCCUCCGCCCUCCACCUCCUCCUCACAUGGCGCUGCAGGACCAAGUCGCGGUGGUGACCGGAGCGGUGCAGGGGAUCGGCAGAGCCAUGGCGGAGAUACUCCUGCGGAACGGCGCCAAGGUAGCCCUCCUGGACGUGAAUGAGGCGGCAGGGAAGAGUUUGAAGGAAGUCCUCGACAAGCAGCACGGACCGGAGAGAACUCUGUUCCUCAGCUGUGAUGUUGAAUCAGAGGAGCAGAUUAGAGCUGCCUUUCAGAGGACUGCUGGAGCUUUGGGGGCGGUGGACAUCGUGUGCAACAACGCUGGCGUCCUGAACGAGGCCGAGUGGGAGAAGACCAUCUCCGUAAACCUGGUGGCGGUUGUCCGGGUAACCUACAUCGCUCUGGAGCACAUGAACAAGAUGAGCGGAGGUCGGGGAGGGGUCAUCAUCAACACCGCGUCCAUGGCGGGGCUCUUCCCCUUACUGAGCUGCCCGGUGUACACGGCCACCAAGUACGGGGUGGUCGGCUUCACCCGGGGCCAUGCGGUGAAGAUGGCGUUCUCACAAUGACCUCUUUCCUUCUCUUAUUGCGCGCUUUAUACGAUG